AAUUCGAUGAACCAACGACACAUGGCGAUUUUCGAAAAUAUUACUGAAUUAUGUCGAGCGAGCUGGCAUCGUUUGUCAGCUUAUUAACAGACUCGGAGCAGAUGUCAUCAAGUCAAAUCGAUGCACCAAACGAUGUCAUUUGCAGAGUUGUAUUGUCUGAUAUUGUUCAGAAAAUCCUUUGACUGGAUGGAAGUGCCUUCUAGAAGAUCCGUAAGAGGUUGAGAAGGAGCUGCUAGUUUUGGAAAGCAUAAGGAAUAUAUAUCAAUGAUGCCUCUUGUUUGCAAAGGUCGUUGAAUAUAUCUCAAUGGUAUUGUUAACCCACACUGUCAAGUCCUCAAGCUACAACAUGGGUAAGAAGAAUCGACUGAAAUCUCACCGAGAAUCGGUAGUUAAUGGCUCUGAAUCUUCAGAAGAAAGUUUCGUAGGACAAGGUUGUCCUCACGUAAACAAGGCUGUGAAUUUUGCAGCUAUGAAGAAAUCAUUGCUGAAGGAAAAAUUUGGAAUUUGCAAAGACUGUCCCAAGAAGACUGAGAAUAAGAAAAUUUCCGACACUUCACUGGCUGUAAACGGAGAUGAUUACGAAGGAACAUUGUGGGUUUGUCUUCUAUGUGGAAAUCAGGGCUGUGAUCGAAACUCCACCAGUAAACAUGCUUUGAAACAUUAUGAAAAUUCUCAUUCAUGUCACUUCAUUGUCAUUAACACAACAUCGUGGACUGCAUGGUGUUACGUAUGUGAUGAUGAAGUACCUGUUGAAAAAAAUAAAAAAAUUAUGGAGUGUUUAGAUUUUCUGAAGAAAGAAGCUGGUAUUUCUAAUUUAGAUUCUGUUCAGAAAGAUUCUUCGUUGCAGUCACUCAAUGAUAGCAAACGGAACAAGACCAAAACAGCUUCAAAGUUAACAAACAGUGCAUUGAAUGUACGAAUCAAGGGUAUCAGUAACCUGGGCAACACAUGUUUUUUAAAUGCUGUGCUUCAGAACUUGAGUCAAACCCAUGGUCUGGAAACCAUUUUAAAAGAUGUCAACAAGAAAAGUGCUUUGAGACUUCCUGGUUGCCAACCUAUAGAAACAGAUAGUUGCUCGGAUAUUUCAGACGACAAUUCCGAUGAGGAAAAUUCCAAAGAUAACACACAGCGAAUAGCUAGAAUCAGCUCCCUUGUAUGGCGGAUGUUUACAAAAGAACGAAGAAGUUUCAGAGCAGAGAUUACAUCAGGAAUCCCUGCAAACGGCCCCAAAAACCAGGAACUACGCUCUGAACUGCCUCCGAUUGACAUUGGCAUCACAGAUGCUGGGCCACUCACGCGGUCUCUCCUUAAAUUCUUACACGAUAUGUCAAAUUCUUCUUCAAACAAUUCUGUCAUCCAUCCUGACACCCUUUUUGGCCAGAUUUGUAAAAAAGCUCCACGUUUCAAAGGCUUCCAACAACAAGACAGCCAUGAGUUGCUUCACACUCUUUUAGACGUUAUGAGAACUGAAGAAAUAGAGCGUGCUCACAUGGGUAUCAAGCAUUAUUUUAAGGUGAAUCUAAAUAAAAUUAACAACAAAACACACAGUAAAAUUAAAGAGUAUUGCCGCCAAGCAAAGUACACCUUUAUCGAUCGUCUGUUUGGAGGCCACCUAAUCAGCACUGUCUCAUGUGGCGUCUGCCAACAUAUGUCUCAAAUAUUUGAACCAUUUCUGGAUCUUUCUCUGCCUGUGAUUGAAGAAAAGCCUCUUCGACCAAACCUGUCAGUUGGAACUAAGAAGAAGGAUUCUGCAAAUGGUUAUUCUCAUGAAACGGCACCAGUAGUGGAGAAUGUUGCCAAGCCUAUGAGUAAAUAUGCUGAACGCAAGUUGAAGAGACAGACCAAGAAAGAAAAGCGUAAGAUGAAUAAAGCUCGGAACCAAUUGAGUCAGUUGUCGCUCGAAGAGAAGACCGAAGCUGAGGGGAACGAGAGCAAAUGUGAGCAAGAGAAGGCCAAUAACGAAGAGGAUGAGAAUGGAGAGGAUGAGGAAGAAGAGGAGGAGGAAGUUGAGAAUGAGAAAGAAUCCCAAGAGAAAGCAGAAGAGACGAGGAGUAAUUGUAAAGAAGAUACUUCUGAUGCAGAUAUUGAAGAUAAUAUAGACAAUGAAGGCAACCGUCUCCAAAAUAAGGAGAACAGAAGUAUAUCAAAGAGUAAAUUAGAUGAAAGUUCUGGCUCUUUAAAGAAAGAUUCGGAGAAGGAUGAAGAAUCUACCUUAAAAGAAUCUAUUAGUACAAACCAUGUAGAAAAUUCCUCAGUGGAUUCUUUGCAACAUCCACUGGAAACUCUAGACCAAAACGCUACAUACUGUACAGAAACAGGAAAUAUAGAGAAUAAAAUUAGUUAUGAAACAAAUCGGUUGCCCUCUCUAGAAUUGAAUGAAAAUGUAAUAUCUCGGGGCAGCCUGGACAAAGAUUCUAGUUUGAAUGACAUGGAAGAGGACAGCAAUAGAAUGGCUUCAUUUGACACUUUCUCUUCCAUGGAAAUAGCAAAUCAUACAGAUAGUUCCAUCAAACCAUCUUUCUCUGAUGAGUUGGAGAAAGGAGCUAUUGAAGCUUCGGAAUCGGUGUCCAAAUGCUUCAGUACUGAAACCUUACCGGAGGCGCCAGCCAAAAUGGUAUCCAUUCACGAAGAAAUACAGUGCGAAGGGGAGAACAACUCGCAUGGUUUAGGCCAUACUCUUAGUUCUGUGGCGACAAAAUCGUCAAUGUGUGUUGCUCAGAUGUUAUCAAACUGUAGCCAGGGCCCUCCACUCGCCCAUCCAGAAGAAGGUGACCUCGACGAUCUUGAUGACAAAGAAUAUGUCAACAUGAGUUCAAUCAAACGCCAGGCGCAAGCCAAGUCUAUGUCCACCCUAACACCUCGAUCUCGUUUAACGACCCGCAAGUGCUCCAUCUUGUCAUCUUUACACCAGUUCACAUCGGCAGAACUUCUAACGGGCAAUAACAAAGUACGGUGUAAAAACUGCAGCCAGAGGAAAGAGAAACAUUCUUCAAGUAACAAAAAGGAAGCUAUUUACACAAAUGCCAGUAAGCAGUUCCUUAUAUUUAGACCACCAGCCAUUCUGACACUUCACCUGAAGAGAUUUGAACAGAUUGGUUUCAGUACCCGCAAGGUUAACCGUCAUGUAGAGUUCCCAUUUCUCCUGGAUAUUGCACCAUUCUGCAGUUCAUUGAGUCAGUACGUGAAGGCAGGUCAGAAGAAAGUGCUGUACUCCCUGUACGGCAUUGUCGAACACAGCGGCCGGUUAUCAGGGGGCCAUUACACUGCCUACAUCAAAGUCUGUAAGAACAACCUGAAUAAAGCGAAUAACUUUGUGGCCCAGAAGAGGUUGAAUCCCAAGGAAUACAUCAUGCAGUACAGAGAGUCUCUGUUGAAAGGGGACAGCAACAUCUCUGCUGCCGAGACCGAAGAAGAAGAGGUCGAUCCGGAGAGUUUGGUACCAACUGGGAAAUGGUACCACAUUAGUGAUACCCUUGUUCGAGAGGUGCCAGAAUCACUUGUGGAGAAAGCACAAGCAUACCUCCUUUUCUAUGAAAGGAUUUAUUGACAAUUUUUGCCCGGUUUUCUAAUUUUUUUUUCAAUUAGGAAAAUAAUUAAAAGUAAACAAAAAAAAAAA